AUGACCACGGAGAGCGAGCUCGGCCGGCACACGGUCGACUGCGGCGCGCGCGAGGACAACGGCGACACUUGGGUCUUCGCGGAGGCCAACGAGAGCGUCGACUCAUUCACCGGCGCCUUCCCGCCGCGGUCGUGUGGAAAGGAGUGGAUCGCCGCGCGCCACGACGGCCGGUCUGCGCUGGCCGGCGGCGGCAGCGCUGAGGACGAGGCGGAGGAGAAGGGCGGCGGCAAUCGUGCGGAGGCCGAGGAGGAGAAGGGCGGCAGCAAGGCCGAGGCCGAGGCGAAAAAGGCUUGGCAGGCGGUGGGCAGCAAGUCGCUCUCCACGCUCACUGCGACGCUCAAGGCGCACAACUUUGGGCGGGGCAAGUGGCUGAUCCAGGCCGAGGCGGAGGAGGUGGACGAGAUGUGGCGCAAGAUCGUCGCCGCCCUCUGGGAGGGCAAGCUUGGCUCCUCCGCCAAGGUGAGCGGCGCAGGCAUGCAGAUGGCGCACGGCGGCCACAUCAUCUGCGUCUACGUCAGCCCCUUCUGGGACACGUCAGAGGUGGAGCGAGGCGCGCUCCUCGGCACUCUCCGCACCGAGUGCGGCGUGGCGCACCCGCUCAAGUUCAAGGCGGACGGGAUGGGGCUGCUCGGCGUGCCAAAGUCCAACGAGUGGGGCAUCCCGCCCGCCGUCUACGUCGCGCCGGCCGGGUCGAUGGACGUGACGCGCCCGGCCGUGCGCGGCGACAAGUCGGGCGUGUACAAGCCGAAGCUCGGGAACCGCGAGACCAACGGAGAGGGCCGCUGGAGGCGUCCCGACGGCGCGGCGCCUCCGCCUCCGCGCUCUGCGCCACCGCCCAAGCCAGAGGAGAAGCCGGCGGCCAAGAAGGCGGCGGACGGCUUCGCGGCGCUGAUGGGCCUCGCGGGCGAAGACAGCGCUGAGAUCCUGCGGGAGAAGAAUCGGCGCAAGGAGGAGAGGGCGGAGAAGAAGCGCGCCGCGGCGGCCAAGGCGGCCGAGGAGUCUCGCGCCGCGUUCGAGGCGGUCAAGGCGGGCGUGGGGCAGCGCAACUGGGCCGACGACGAGUCUGACGAGGAGGCGCCGCCCGCGCCAUCGCUCACCGACUCGGACGCGAGCGAGUCGGAGGCGGAGAGCGAGUCGGAGGAGAGCGAGUCCGAGGAUGCCGUGGCGGCCGCGGCGGCCGCGGCGGCGAGGGAGGCGGAGGCGGCGGCUGCGGCUGCGGCCAAGGAGCGGCCCAAGAAGAAGAAGACGGCGGAGGAGGAGUCUGUCGAGGCGCUGCGGCCGCGCGAGGCGCUGCUGCUCGAGCUCGAGGCGGCGCCGGAGCAGUCUGCGGCGGAGCCGGCGGCGGCGGGCCAGUCCAAGGCGGCCGCCAAGCGCGCGGCCAAGAAGGCGGCGGCGGCGGCGGCCAACGGCGGAGCAGGCGCCGCCACCGGCGAGGCAGAGGCGGCGCCGGCUGCGGAGGAGGAGGGCGCGGGCGGCGAGGCCAAGGGCGUCGACGUGGCGGCGGUGCUCAAGGCACGCGCCGCCGCCGCCGCCGGGAAGAAGAAGAAGGCGGGCGCCGCGGGCGGCGCAGCAGCCAUCGCCGCGGCCGAGCUGAAGGCGCGCGACGCCGGCAAGAAGAAGAAGGAGAAGCGCACGUACGAGAAGGGGGCGAAGCAGGUCGGAGCCAAGGCGCGCGGCUCCGACAACAAGUACCAGGGCGAGUGAGGGCCGAGGCUCGGGCCCACAGCGCUAUUUACACGUGCCCAAGGCGCACAAUGGUCGGCAGGAGGCAGCGUUAUGGGCCGCGGGGCCGAGCUGCGAGCCGCGAGCGAGCGCAUGCGCCUGAAAAGACAAAAGAGCACGCACCUCCGGGUCGCAUGGUUUGUAUGAGCGAGAGACGUCCCUCGCGAGCCGUGUAUAGGUACGCCGGAGAGCGCUGCAUU